AUGGCAGACUUUGAUGCAAUAUACCCUGACGAGACUGAAAGCGAGGAGAAUAUAGAAGAAACACAUGUGACGUUAGUGCCCGACCCUAUCGUCAUCCGUGGAGCUGGUAACAUGACAGUUUUCGGUUUAAGCAAUCGCUUUAGCAAUGAGUUCCCCUCUGGUCUUCAGUCCCGUGUUGCACCUGAGGAGUAUCAAGCAACCAUAGCUCGAAUUAAUAGUGUUCUAAAGAAGACAUUGCCUGUGAAUGUGAAGUGGUUAUUCUGCGGCUGUGUGUGCUGCUGCUGUACUCUUGGAUGCUCUCUUUGGCCAGUCAUCUGUCUAAGUAAAAGGGUAAAAGCA